CGCCACGUCGUCACCACCUUCUUCUUCGUCUGAGCCCUCGCCUAUAUCUUCCCUCCGAUCCCUUGCUCCAUCACCCUUCUUUCCUCCCACCACCCACCUUUGCAUCCCUUUCCACUAUCGCCUCACACUUGUUCUCGCAUCCCUUCUCACUGUGCGCCGAGCUCUCCUGUUGGCUGUUCCACACCACGCCGCCGAGAAGGACGGCGCAUUGGGUUUGAAGCUGUUGCCGGGAGUUUGAGUUCUUAAUGGAGAGGCGGGGUGAGAAGGGGGCAGCGGCGGCGAGGGCGAGGCGGCCGCAGGGCGCCGCCGAGCAGCCGUCCUUCUCGUCGACGCUGCUGGAUGCGAUAUACAAGUCCAUGGACGAGCCGGGACAUGACGCUGUCAGCAAGAAGAAGCAGCAGGAGAAGGAGGAAGCCCUGCACUACAGCUACUACUACAGGCCGUCGCUGGCGGGGAGCUACCGUGCGCGCGCGCCGGGGCCGGCGCACGCCACGACGACGACGUCGAGCUCGUCCGACUGCUCCAGCUACGGCGGCUUCUCCUCGUCCGAGGCCGAGACAUCGUCCGGCCGCCACCACCACCGCCGCCUGCGCCCCAUCCGCACGGCCGCCGCCGCCCCCGCGCCACCGGCGCCGGAGAAGAAGGCGAGCAAGAAGCAGCAGGUGGCGCCGGGCGCCUCGAUCCGCGCCAAGCUGAGAGACCUCCGCAAGGCGCCGGCGUCCCCCGGCGCGCGGCUCGCGGGCUUCCUCAACACCAUCUUCGCCGGGGGCGGCGGCAAGCGCGCGCCGCAGACACCGCCUUCCGCGUCCGCGGCCGCGGAGUACGCGUGCUCUACUGCAUCCUCGGCGGCGUCGUACUCGCGCUCGUGCCUGAGCAAGACGCCCUCGACGCGCGGCGGCGGGGGGCAGCAGCAGGCGGGCCGGACGGUGCGGUUCGUGGACAGCGCCGCCGAGGCGCCGGCCACGGUGCCCGGCCGGAGGAUGCCGGCGCGGGCGGUGGAGCAGAUGCUGCUCCGAAGGAUGGAGAUGGAGAGCGACGAGGAGGACGAGGAGAGCAGCGACGCCAGCUCUGACUUGUUCGAGCUCGAGAACUUCACUGCUGCUCCGCCGGGCGCGGCAGGGUACAGGGACGAGCUGCCGGUCUACGAGACGACCCGGGUCGUGCUCAACCGUGGAAGCAUCGGCGGCCACCAUGGCUACGGCCACGGCCGGAGCGCCAGAGUUGUCUGACCGUUUCCGCGGGAAUCGGACGGUGACCGUAGAAAUGGCGGGGGUUACUGUAAAAUGCAAGUUAGUUUAGGGGGAACGGGAACUAGACGCAAGUGUUUCCUGUGCUUUGGUGUUUUUUUCUCUUGGAGAUUUUCUGUGGAGUGUGCUUAGAUGUAAUUUCUCGAGCAGCAGUAAAUCAGUAAUGUUGUUCUUAGACAGUGUUC